UAUAAGCAGACAUGAGGACUCUUUUCUCAUUCAGACUCUGACUGCAGACAUGGCUUCCGGCAUCUGUGUUGUCCAUUCAGAGCAAUGGCCGCUAAUGACCUUUCAUACCACUGAGAAUGACAAAGUGAAGAACAUAAAUGAACAUAUUAGGUCCCAAACCAAGGUCUCUGUACAGGACCAGAUCCUUCUGCUAGACUCCAAGAUCCUCAAGCCCCAUAGAAAACUGUCAUCUUACGGGAUUGACAAGGAAACCACUAUCCACCUCACCCUCAAGGUGGUGAAGCCCAGUAAUGAAGAGCUGCCCCUGUAUCUGGUGGAGUCAAGAAAUGAGGGGCAAAGGCACCUCCUCCGUGUUCGAAGAUCCAGCUCCGUGUCCCAGGUGAGAGAGAUGAUCCAGAGUGUGACCGCUGUGACCCCCAAGAAGCAGAUUGUGACUUGCAACGGAAAGAGGCUGGAAGAUGGAAAGAUCAUGGCUGACUACAACAUCACGAGUGGCAGUUUGCUCUUUUUGACAGCGCGCUGCAUUGGGGGCUGACUGCGGGGAUGGGGCGGCAGAAGCUCAAAGCCCAUUUCCUUUGAGCUAUUACCAAUCGAAUCUCUUGAUGAUAUAAAAACAUUAAUGAGAAUAAAAUAAAGAUUUGAGGAGAGUGGGGUGGGUUAAAAAUAUUUGUCAAGACUGUGAUUCCUUGUUUCUACCAUAGUUCAUUAGUAGGGUUAUUGAUGAGAGCAAAAACUGAAACUUUAGUCAGGCGUGGUGGUGCAAACUUAAUUCCAGGACUUGGGAGGCAGCGGCAGGUGGAUCAAUGAAUGAUUUGAACCAAACUGAAUUCUAAUUAUAGAGUAUAGAGAAAUAAUGUAUUUUGGAAUACUAUUGUUUACCAUAACUGGAUCAUAGUAUAAUAAAUGAUUUAGAAUUU